AUGAGCUUCGGUAACCCCUCCUCCUUCGCGCAGUGGCAUUCCUCAAUUGCUUCGUCUUCGGAUAAACAGCCUCAGCCCAAACCGCCGAAACCAGCUCAGUCACCUUGGGGACAGAAUCCAUCCGCCUUCAGUAGCAGGCGUGGACUCACCCCCCUUGCGACCUCAAACCUGACCUCGAAUUCAACUGCAGGGACGCGCAGAGAACACACGCUCAGUGAAUCCGAACCUUACACAUCAUCAGCCUCUCCAUCCUCGAUCAACUUCCCUCCUCUUCUUGCCAGUUCUCAACCUCGCUUUGGAUCGCGGCGAGGGACACCACCCAGCUCCUCACAUUCGAAUUCGCCCAUCACCACGCUUCAAGCUGGCGCCCCUCAACCGCAAGCCUAUCAACCUCGUUCUGUCACAUCCCCCAGAUCAAGGGCAAUCACACCGUCCCAAGCAUCAGCCACAGGUGCUGCUGGCACAUCAUCGCAAGCGGGCCCUGGGGCCGGAGGUGGAGGAGUCUUCAGUAGGAGUGGUGCAUAUUCACCUUCUUUGACAAGUCCCGGAGUCGGCUCACCCACAAGCCUCAACUUUGAGCGCCCUCCUAGUAUUUCCUCCCACCUCGGUGCUUCUGCGACUGCUCCCUCCUCACUCUCCAAGAUCUCCGCGACUCAGAUCCUCCUCUUGCUUGAUACAAUCAGUGAAAGAGAGGGACAGGCAAAGUGGAACAGUAAGGCUGAGAAGAUUAGAAGACUCCUUGACUCGAACGGCAUGGAGGUCUUUGCACAAUUUUUCCGGCGUACUGUCAUCCUAAACGCCGCCGCCAUCUUCACUGGUGCCAAGGACUUGGACCAGGGGAGCUACAAGCUUCUGCGGCAAGAGUUGGAAAAAGUACUUUGGGAUCCAGAACAAGCUUACAAGAUUGCAGAGGCGGUAGACACAUCGAAGGAGGAUUUGUUUCGAGAUUUUGACUUGGUCACUUUCUUGCAGCACUUUUUCGCCGACGGUCUGCCUCAAGUCAUCUUAGCUAUCGCGUUCACCAAGUGUUCGCGCAGUGAUCUGAGAACCAAGGCGGAGGAUUUUCUGACGCGCUUUGGCCAGGACUCUCUUCGUACGCUGGCAGACAGCCGUGGGAAUGCUCAGGCAUAUUGUCCUGAGAAUAUCUGCGCGGUCAUUGAAUACUAUGCCUUGGCUGCCGGGACCCGGUCGCAACAGCAAAAGAUCGACCUGUGGACGGCGUUGUCUACUCGCUAUGCUGGUUUGAAACCUGAACAGCUCUCAGCUCCCGUUACGUCCUCCCAACUCUUACGCAUCACGAGUGAAGCCCGCGAGCUAGCACGUGGGCUGCAACGGCAUGGGCCCAAGUCGACGAUCUCCAAGCAGGCUGCCCACGACUUCCUGAGUUCGUUCAAUCCGACGACCAUUACCGAAGCCGAGGUCGCGAAUGCCUUGCUGUUCCUUGUAUUCUCUUACAAUCGACAGCAUGACGUGAGCAAUUUUGUUGCUGCUCUUCAGACCACACAGCUAGAUUGGAACUCAAUCAUCCAAGGUUUCGACAUUGCAGACCUAAGAUUACGAAGAGACCUGUUUCCAGGACUGUUCAAUGCGCUCCUCCAAGUCGCCUCGGAGCGUCCGCAAUUUGACAUCCAGAAACUCUGGGGAGGACGCUGGCAGAACCCAGACACUCAGAUCUCGUUUCUUGGCGGAUUCCUCGCUGCUUCGCCCAAGGACAUUCAACCAUCCAAGAUACCGGGCUUCCGGCAGAGCUUAUCACUCGACGAUGUGCCGAAUCCGCCAGCUGACAUCAGAAGACAGCUCGAGGCCGAACUUGAGGGCCCGUAUGCGUCCGCGGAUGCUUGCCAGGCCAUCUUUGACGUCGUGCUAGGACCAAACGCAACACCCGACGGCGAAGAUCGGCUCGACAUUCUGAACGAUGUUUACCAGAGCCAUGCCGCUGUUUUCCUGUUAUUCCUCUCCCGCAUUGGCGCGAAACCAUGGGUUCCAGAUCAAGAAAAAUUCAUUGCCGAGUGUUUUGGCUUGUUUUUGGAGAAACAGCGGCCAGAAUCCCAUACCGUCCUAGAGACCAUUGCGGCGCAAAAUCCCCAGUUUCUCUUUGACCUCUGUCACCUGGUCUUCCAGCUCGACCCACGGCAGACAGAAGUGGUGUAUGAGCGCGCCGAAGAGUUCGGCUGGACCGAAGACUUCCUCAAGCACUGGUCGAACCCUUUGGCCCUUGACCUUGCCUGUAUCCGGCAUAAGGUUCAACCAGGCUUCGACUUGGACAGAUAUAUCUCCGAGGCUGGUGACGGGCAGUCCAACUUGGGCAUGAUUCUUUGCAAAUACCUGCGCAUAAAAGCAGACGACGAGUUCCGUGUCCAGCGUGGCGAAACUACUCCACAGUCCAUACCCCUCAGUCUACGGACUGUGCAUACUCUGCUCGAGAAACUCGAGGAUCAUCUAGACAAUCGCGAGCUUGUGGAGGCUGCGCAGACGACUUGUUUGCAAACUUAUCCGCGAUUGAUGAACUACGGCGCUGGGUUUGACGAUAUCCUGGAGAAGAGCAGUGAAGAAAAGGGCAACAAACUUCCCGAGGCAAUCGACAAGCAAAUGUCAGAAUUGUUUGGUCGCAUGUAUCGCUCCGAACUGUCAAUUCGCGACAUGAUAAACGAAAUGCGCCGAUUCAAGACCUCCAGAGAUCCGGAUCAACAAGAUCUUUUCUGCUGCAUCGUCCACGGCCUCUUUGACGAGUACGUAUGCUACAACGAGUAUCCAGAAGAUGCCCUGGAGAAGACAGCCCUCCUCUUCGGCAGCAUCAUCAAGUACAAACUGUUGCCCUCGAUCCCCCGGGAUUUCGGCCUCGCCCUGAUACUCCGAGCCGUUCGUGAACACGAGCCAGAUAGCCUGAUGCACCGCUUCGGCGUCGAGGCCCUGCUUCAGAUUAGCGAUCAACUAGCGGAGUGGCCAGGACUCUGCAGCCUUUUGUUGCAAGAACCCUCUCUUCAACAUCCGGAAAUUUUGCAACGUGCAGAAGAAGGCCUCCGUGCUCAGCAAGCCGCCGGCAACGGUCUUGGUACAAACGGAAUUCGAAACGCUUUGAUAGCAAAUGGAGAAGAAAACGCGAAGACAGAUGUAGGCCGCGGAUUCCGAGCCUUACAUGCCGACCCGCCUCCUCCCGGUGCUCGCUUCAGAGAUCCAGAUCAGAAGGUGCAAGAGAAGAUUCUUUUCGUCAUCAACAACCUCUCGAAGGAUAACAUGGCCAGCAAGCUAGCCGAUCUGAAGGAGUCUUUCUCCCCGGAGCACUAUCAGUGGUUCGCUUCAUAUCUGGUGGAGCAGCGUGCCCGACUUGAGCCAAACAAUCAGGAGAUGUACUACCAGUUCGCCAACAUGCUCAAUGACAAUCUCCUCAUGUCCGAGAUCACACGGGAGACGUACGUUAGCAUUGUCAAGCUGAUGAGUUCAGAGUCGACCAUCAACUCUGCCACAGAAAGAGGUCAUCUCAAGAACCUUGGUGGCUGGCUUGGGUCCCUCACCCUGGCGCAAGACAAGCCCAUCAAACACAGAAACAUCUACUUUGUCGACCUGCUUGUGGAAGGCUACGAAACCCAGAGACUGAUACUCGUCAUCCCCUUUACCUGCAAAGUCCUCGCCCAAGGUGCCAAUUCUAUGGUGUUUAGACCUCCCAAUCCUUGGCUGAUGGAGAUCAUUCAUGUCUUGGUCGAGUUGUACCACUUUGCCGAGCUCAAGCUUAAUCUGAAAUUCGAAAUCGAGGUUCUCUGCAAGGAUCUCAAGCUUGAUUUCAAGAAGCUUGAACCUGCAACAAUCAUCCGGGACCGACCUCAGACGGACGAUGAACUCACGAACGUGUCAGCACUACCAGAUGGCCUGGAGAAUUUCGAUGAUCUGUCUCUGAAUGGUGCAAUGAGUCGAGGUGCUCGUGAGCGUCUUACUGCCCCGGAGAUCAUGGCAGCGCUACCGAAUCUUGAGGAUGUGCUCAAGUACCCCCCAGCGUCCGGCUCCCCAGCAGAUCAAGCAAUGGUGAAGAACAUCAUUUACCGCGCUUUUGACCAAGCCAUCCAGGAAAUCAUAGCCCCUGUCGUGGAACGAUCGAUCACAAUUGCUUCAAUAUCGACCAAAGAGCUGGUGGCGAAAGAUUAUGCUCUUGAGCCCGACCCGGAGAAGUAUCGGACCGCGGCGGUACAGAUGGUCAAGUCUUUGGCAGGCAGCCUUGCCCUUGUGACAUGCAAAGAGCCACUUCGACUGAGCAUUUCCAACUACAUUCGCCGGCCGGUGCAAGAUGACCUGCCAGAACAUCUACUACCAGAAGGCGCCAUCUUGAUGUGCGUCAAUGACAACUUGGACAUUGCGUGCUCUUUCAUUGAACAGGCCGCCGAACAGCAUGCCAUUCCAGAGAUUGAACGGGCCAUUGAGGCCGAACUCGAAGAACGUCGACGUUUCAGUGCCGAAGGAGGACACAGAGAGUUCAUUCCAACAGGUAUUAAUCGUUGGUCUGCAUGGAUUCCAGAACCGUACAAGCAGACUGUUGGUGGCUUGAAUGAUGCACAACGAGCAGUCUACGAGGAAUUCGACCGUCGUGUUCAUGGAAUGAACUCAAAUCAUGUUCCCAACGUCGCAAUUGAUCCCUCUGGACGCCAGCUACCGGACAUUCUACAAGAGCCACUUACGAUGCCGAACCUCUCCACCCCUGCGGAACAGCCCUCACUUCCACAUCAGAGUCCACUGAUCCAGCAGGAAAAUCGGAUGCUGACGGCGAUGCAGCAACCCAGGGUCAAUGGGUUUGCGGAGACUCUCCCACCCCAUGAACGGAUCUCUAUCCUUAUCGAGGAUAUCCAGAAAGCGGCGCGGGCAUCCCAGGCCAUGCGUCUCAAAGACCUGGAGAAGAACAGCUCUAUCUUUCAGGAUUUCAGGCAGAUCCUCAUUGUCCUCACGUCCUCCACACGUCCUGCGGCCGACCUCUUGGCCAGGCAGAUCGCCGAGAAGAUUUGCAGCAUAUUUGUGACAAAGCCUCCCCAAGGGUCUCUUGAAGCAGAAGUUUUGGCGUUUUUACUCUCAAAACUCUGCCAAUUGUCCGAGCUAAUCAUCCGGGACGUUUUGAGGUGGAUGAGUGCAAACGAGGAUUUGUUGCUGGGCAGUUCCAACGUGGUGGUGGCGCUGGUCACGGUCGGUCUGAUGGAGUUUGCCAGAGUGGACAUUGCCAUCGCUUCUAUGCUGAUGACCAGGAACGCACACGGACUCCAGGUACUUGCAGACAUACUGGAUCAGACCCUUUUCACCGACGAGCCAACAGCUCUGCGGGCUGAUUUUGCCAAUAGUCUGAUUGCCAUGUCUGCGUGGCUGAAGGAAGAGCCGGACCUUGCCCUGGCCUCGGAACUCAGUCAAAAGUUGAGCGCCCAUGGCAUUCCUCAGCUCGUCAGUGUUGAGGUCACCGACAAGGCCAAGGCGAAACAGGAACAAAUGCGAUACCUCUUUGACGAAUGGGUGUGCACUUUCGAGAACAUCAGCGUCAACGAAAGCACUUGUGCCGCCUUCAUCAGAGCACUGCAUAAGGACCAGACCAUCAACGGCACCGAAGAUCUAACCGAGUUCUUGAGGCUGUGCGUGGAUGCAUGCAUUGAGUGCUAUGACCGGGAGGCGCAGAGUGUUCGCGGCAGUGUCGAUGUUGCCUUCUCUCACGCAGAUGCUCUUGCUCGCCUGCUUAUCAUGCUGGUCAAAUAUCAAGGGGAAACCAAUGGCGCAGUCCAACCAAGCAAAGCACCCUACUUGGAGACUAUCCUGACAAUCCUCGUUCUCAUCUUGAAUCACCACCAGAACAUGCGCGGCGUGGGGUUCCAUCAGAGACUCUUCAGCCGGCUUUUCGCCAAUAUGCUCUAUGAGUAUUCGGCCGCCCGGCUUGGUGACACUGCUGAUCACACGGAUCUGAUGCUUGCAUUCGCCAAAUGCUUCAAGACGCUGCAGCCGUCAUGGUUCCCUAGCUUCACCUAUGGGUGGUACAGUCUCAUUGUGCAUCGUGUGUUCGUCUCCGGCAUGCUGAGACCAAACAAUCACCCAGGUUGGGACGCCUACCGAGAGCUCGUCGGCCUGAUGCUCCUCUACAUUUCAGAACUGUCCAACGCACCCGGUCUUGAUUUGUUGAACCUUGACUUGUACAAGGGCACACUGAGAAACGUCCUGGUCUUGCUUCACGAUUAUCCCGAGUUUCUUUGCGAGAACCAUUCGUAUUUCUGUUCACGGAUCUCCUACCGAAUCCCUCAGCUCAGAAAUUUGAUCUUGACGGCCAAACCAUCGGCGUAUCACGAUCUCCCCGACCCUAUGACACCUGGGCUUAAGAUCGAACGCUUGGAUGAGAUGAAGAGACACCCAACUUUGGCGCAUGAUUUUGAUGGCCCGCUUCAAAGCGAACAGUUGAGAGACACCAUUGUCGAAGUUCUCCAGAAGACAACCGAAGUCGAGGUUGCCUUGCAACAAAUUGGGGCGGUUUUGCAAGACGAACUUCUUGUAGCCUCCACCCUUGCUCCAAACAAGAGCGUCGAAGUUAUCAACGCUCUGGUGCCAUUUGUUGGCCAGGAAGCACUCAACUCUUCCCCCGGCCGGUUCGAGUCCAGUUCCAUGCCGGUGGUCUUCCUGCACAAGCUUGCCAGCACUUUGUCAUUUGAGAACCGGUACAAGCUCUUUAACGCCAUCGCGGACCAGAUACGAUAUCCGAACUCACACACGGACUUCUUCUGUAAACUUAUGCUUCAUUUGUGGGGUUCGGGAGGCAUCGAUGAGCAGCAGCGGGAAUUUCGGGAACAGAUCUCUCGAAUUGUGUAUGAACGGCUCGCGGUUGCUCGUCCCCACGUCUGGGGCAUGACGAUCCUUUUCCUGGAAUUGCAGCAGAAUGCAGCGUACGGAUUCUGGGAUACGGUCGCGCCCGACUCGAACGUACAGCAACGUCUCCAACAGGCCAUGAGGACGUCUCAUUGA